CGUUGCUGCCCGGCGCUGGGUGAGGCCUGUGCGGGCCCCGGAGGAGCUGUCUGCGCUGCUGCACAGACUUUUCCCUCCAAAAGUAAGGGAAGAGCCUACAACCAUGCUUCUUGCCAGCAGCUGUAGUCCUCAUGAUGCAUGAUAACUCCUCAUUGACUGGCACUGUUCUUAAGCACUGUAUGGAUCAUCAUCUGAACUUCCAAGGGCUUGUCUAAAUACAGAAUUACACUGGUUUAACUAAAGAAGUGGUAGAGUGGGGUGAAGAGAGAGCAAAGACCAUUCGUUGCAGCUUUCAUCAUGGGCGACAUGAAAACCCCGGACUUUGAUGACCUUUUGGCUGCUUUUGACAUCCCAGACCCAACUAGCCUUGAUGCCAAGGAGACCAUACAGUCAACUGGUGAAGAGAACGAAAAUCACUUAAAGCCAUCAGGAAUUUGUAUAGAUGAAAAUGUGUCCUUGUCCCACUCAGUGCCGGCGCCUGAUACCCCUGUUGUGAGUGUUAUUGUGAAGAACACAAGUCGUCAGGAGUCCUUUGAAGCAGAAAAGGAGGGGAAUCACCUUGGAGCUGGCCUGUUACACAAUGGGUUCCGUGGGUCUGAUCUGCCAUCAGAGGCUCACAACUUAGUGCACAGUUAUGGGAAAUUUGAUUCUGCUUUUAUUAAUGGUGAUAGUUCGAAAAACUAUUCUGAAAAGCUGGACCAAUCAAAGUCAGAACCUUUACCCACAUUCAGUCAGUUCAGCCCUAUCUCCAGCCCUGAACCGGAGGAUGCUUUCAAAGAGAACAGUAUUGAUGAUAAACCAAAACAUGCCCAAACUCCAUAUUUCCCACCAACUCCAAUAUAUAUUCCAACUGCGGCUUCAGUUCUAGAUUCACUUAGGAAAUUACCAGAGCCAGAAUUGAGUAUGUUUGAUCAAUAUUGUAAAAAAGAACAAAAGAUGGAGAUUCAUAGCCAGCAAGAAAAUAGGCUGGAAUUGAGCAGAAAAGAACAAGACAGAGUAGCAGAGAAAUUUGUAGAAUCCAGCAAAGAUCUAGUGGAUACAAACAACUUCCUUGGAGAAGGCUUGGCAUUUGGAAGCUUCCACAACAAUAACUUGAAGGAAAGCCGAGGGUCUAUGCCUGAGGUGAACUUCUCUUCAUCAAUCCCACCUCGCCAACGUCUAAAGCCAGCUCACUCAAAAUUGUCAUCUUGUGUUGCUGCAUUAGUAGCUCUUCAGGCCAAAAAAGUUGCAUGUAUUCCAAAAGAAGAUCAAACAAGUCUUACAAAAGAACCUUCUGGCCAUUUUAAAGAUGGCAUGAAAGGAAGCCCCAAAAUGCCUAAGUCACCAAAGAGCCCAAGAAGCCCCCUAGAGGUGGUAAAAAAGGCCAACAAGCAGCCUGAGAGUCCUCGGAGUGUAUGCAGUGAUAGUAGUGGAAAAGGCUCUCCCUCCAUGGCAGCUGGCUCUCCGCCGGCUAUUCCCAAAGUUAGAAUAAAAACUAUUAAGAUGUCUUCUGGUGAAAUUAAAAGAACUGUAACUAGAAUCUUGCCAGAAGCUGAAGAGUUGGGCAAAUCCCCUGAGGAGACAUGUGCAGAAGGUUCGGCCACAGAAGAGUUUACUAAGUCCUUCCCUUCACCUGAUACUAAUGCAGUCACAGAAAAUGAGGCAAGCAAGGAUUCCACCAAAAAUGCAGCUGCCACAGGUGUUCAAGUGUCAAAUGUUGUGAGCCCCUGUAUAGAUGAUGUGAAAACAGAGACUACUGACAACGGCACACCCAAUGUGUCUUCGUCUCCCCUGCCAAACUGUGGCAGUGAUGCCAUAAAAAUAGGUAAUGUGGGUCAGCAGCCCAACAAGAGGCAGCAGCAGGGUACUGUGACGCAGCCAUCUAACCCCCCCACUUCCAGCCUUCUUCCCAAAGCCGUACAUCUAGCAAAUCUCAACUUAGUUCCACACAGUGUUGCUGCUUCUGUCACAGCAAAAUCCUCUGUGCAAAGGCGAAGUCAGCCUCAGCUAACUCAAAUGUCAGUGCCACUGGUGCAUCAAGUAAAGAAAACUGCUCCUGUAAUUGUGGAGGAAUUUAAUAAAGUACUAAACAGUAACAAUCUUGUGCCAGUAUAUUCUCCAAACCUCAGCCCACCACCUGACAGCAAUAUUCAGUUGCCUGCAUCUGGGUAUUGUUGCCUGGAAUGUGGAGAUUCAUUUGCCUUAGAAAAAAGCCUAACUCAACACUAUAGUAGACGAAGUGUCCACAUUGAAGUCAUGUGUACUCAGUGUUCAACUCUGCUGCUGUUCUUUAACAAGUGUAGUUUGCUUAAACAUGCAAGAGAGCACAAGAGCAAAGGAUUGAUUAUGCAAUGUUCUCAGCUGUUAAUGAAACCAAUUUCCUUAGAUGAAAUGUUUUCACCUUCUCCUACAAACUCUUCAGUGUCUUUGGCCCCUCAGACUUUGCAUUUCCCAUCUCCUUCAUGUAAACCCAGUGCUACAUCAGGAAGUGGGACAGGAAUCUCUAUCAACACUCACCCAGCCAUGCCUCUGUAUGCAGACCCAUUGAGACUAAUCCGUCAUGGACUAAAGUGUCUUGAAUGUAACAAGCAGGCGCAGGAUUAUGUUGUUCUAGCAGCACACUUCCAGAGAAUCUCAGAAGAUAAUGAGGGACUGACUUGUCAAGUGUGCCAGAUGAUGCUGCCUAACCAGUGCUGCUACUGUGCUCAUCAAAGAAUCCAUACUCACAAGUCCCCUUACUGCUGCCCAGAGUGUGGGAUACUGUGCCGAUCAGCCCAUUUCCAAACCCAUGUCAAGGAGAAUUGCCUACAUUACUCUCGCAAAGUUGGAUACAGGUGUAUCCACUGUGGAGUUGUCUUUAUGUCGCUAGCAAUGCUGAAAGCGCACAUUCACGAGAAACACUGCGAAGUCUUCCACAAAUGUUCUUUUUGUCCAAUGGCCUUCAAAUCUGCAGACAGUACCACUGCCCAUAUUACUAGCCAGCACCCAGAAGAGCCUCACAAGACUACUCAGGUUAUCUACAAAUGUUCUUGUGAGACUGUCUUUAACAAGAAGAAGCUGCUCCAGGAGCACUUCCAACAGAAUGCCAACAAGCUGUUGGUGGGAGUAUUUAAGUGUCCGCAGUGUCAAUUAGUGUAUAUGCAGAAACAGCAAUUAAUGCAGCAUGUCAAGGCUGUUCAUGGGGUCCCCCCAUAUCCUGAGGAUGUCUCUAACCUUCGACCGAAGCCUCAGACAACAUCCAGCAGUCAAGUUCUUACACCACCAAAGGAGUUGUCAGUAGCCAAUGGUACUUCCCAUACCACUUUGCCAAGGAAGGACACAAGAGUGGAACACAACUCAGAAUCAAAACCCAUCUUAAAAAGUGUUGGUUGGACUUGUAGGGAGUGUUCACAAUGGAACCCUGAUCGGGAAAACUAUGUGUCCCAUAUGAAGAAAAUCCAUGGAAAGUCUGUGAAGAGAUAUCCCUGUCGGCAGUGUGAGCAUUCGUUCAACGACUUCAGCAGUCUGGGCAGACACAUUCGCAAUAAUCAUGACACAGCAAAGAAAGUUUAUACUUGCUGGUUCUGCACAGACGAAAAUCAAACAUUUUCUCAGCCUUCCAUGCUGGAGAAUCACAUCAGCCUCAUGCAUGGCAUCAAAAACCCGGACCUGUCCCAGAUGUCCAAAGCAAAAGCUCCAGAGUGUGACUCAACAAAAGUAAUUUACAUGGCAAAAUCUCCAAAGAGAGUGUCUGCAGAUGCUCCGGGACAGAUGGCAACCACUGAAGCUCCACCAGCCAAAAAACUGAAGACACAUUGGAAAUGUGCUAAAUGUGGAUUUGCAACAGAUAUCAGUACUGAAUUUCAGGAACACAUACCUCAGCACAAGGCGGACAACUCCACUUCUCAAUGCUUGCUCUGUGGCUUGUGUUAUACAUCUCACAUCUCUCUGAACAGACACCUCUUUAUUGUUCAUAAAGUAAAAGAUCCAGUAGAGGAAGAGGAGGAGGAGGAAGAGGAAAGGGAAAAGUUACAAACAGAGACAAAUGAGAAUGGACAUGAAGAGUAUAACAGAGAGACGAACACUACAGUGGAGGAAGAAAAUAGUUUGAAAUGCAAAAUGUGCAAGAGUGACUCAGUGCUUUGUGCACACAGUCAGAGGUGUGGCCUGGAGGAUUCCAGUAGCAGCUCUCAGAACAAUCAUUCAAAUACUACCAAGAUUUAAGAAAAGAACAUUUUUUACUCAAAAUAUUGGGUGGGAGUGGGGCAGAUCUUUGAAAUAUCCUGUUUAUUUCUUGGGCUGGACUGUGCUUUCCAUUAACUUUUAAUUUGUAAGGGAAAUAAAAACUGCUUCCACCUCCAUA